CCCAGGGAGGUAACUCAUACACAGAAUCUUUAGAGGAUCAGAGGGUCCUAAUCUGCUUCUGAGGCUUCAUCAGAGCUUUAGAGAAGAGACGCUGGGAUUUGGAUUUAACUAGCGCAACUGGAAUACAGCGAUAAUGCCUUCCACCGCGAAGACUCUACAUUUCAUAUCCAGUGCGUUGAUUACUGCCAUAUCUGUUGGGUUGAUGGGGUACGCCAUGUCCAAACAGUGGGCUAGGACCACCAUACAGUGUGCAAGAGGGGGAAGCGGCUUAUUCAACGGGACUGCUAUACUCACGUUGGAGCUUUUCAGUGGGAAUUUGGAGAGAACCUCUUGCCCAUCAUUUGGAGGCGAUGAACGUUUCAAUGUGUUUCCCAAACUGACAGAAACAGGAGUUACACCACUAGCCCUAUACUCCAUGGUUUUGUGCCUGUUGGUCCUGUGUCUGCUGUUUUCGGCCUGCAGCAUCCUGAUCUGCCUCUACAACAGCGUCAGUAACCCUUAUGAGACCUACAUGGGGCCUGUUGGAGUCUACACCUGCAGCUCGCUCAGCGCGUGCCUGUCAGUUCUGGCCCUCAUCAUAUUUGUGGUGAACAUCAAUGUGACCAGCAUGGCAGAGGAUUUGGUAAAGAACUUUGCAGGGGGUCUUCUGGUAGAUCUGAAGAACAAGUCUUCAGAGAUGCAGCUAGGAUACUACCUGAUCAUCCCUUACACGGUGCUCUGUCUCGGUGCCAUUGGUGUGACAUACAACUAUGACCAUGCAGCCUACAAACAACGGAAAGAACAGCAGAGGCCUACCGAGGACGCACCUAAGGAGAUAAUGAUGUAUUAAUGGCGAUGGAUUCAGUUUUCAGUGGCACUCAUCAAAUUGCUCAUCAAGACUUUCUGAAGUAACUUACUGUCAUGGAAAAUUACUGUAGGUAUGUACAGUAAAAUAUGGAUGUACAGCUUGUAUAAUAUACAAAGAGUAGGAUUAGAUUUGUUGCAUUUAGUAUUGACAUUUCCAUGAGAAGGUUUGAUCACCAUUACAAUAUCAGCUUUUUAAUGUCAUCAUAUCAUGAACGCCAGUUUUAUAAUGUCAGUGUUUUAAUUUGAGUUUAUUAGUAUAUACAUCAAUUUAGGUUUAUAUCUUUUGGAUCUUUUGUAAUUGAAUAUUCUUUUUAAAAAAUCUAUUUAUUUUGUCUAUGAACAAUUUAAUUAAAUAUUCGUUGGUUUGAUAAUAAAAGUGAGUUUAUUUUUCAUAGUGAAAUGGCUGUAAAAUGCAUCUCCAAUACUGCAACAUGCAUUACAGAUGAACUGCUAUACAUAAACCCAUUGAUCUGGAUUUAUGUAUAUAUUUGUGAGUUAUAUGUCUGAAAUAAUAGUUUGAACAAAAUGCAGGAACAUAAAUAAACAGAUGGAAUGAG